AUGUCGCUUUCUCGCCAUAUCAACGCAGAAGAGAUCAUCGAGAAAUGCAAGGAUCAUCCACACAAAAAGCACUCGAGCGCAUCAGGGCGCCGGGGGCUGCACCAGUCUUGGCGGCGCGACGAAGAUGCUGCGGGCGUUCCGAAGUACACGAUGCCCAAGGUCGGAAUCCCUUCAAGGUCGGCGUAUCAACUGCUGCACGACGAGACUGCGCUCGAUGGAAACCCAUUGUUGAAUCUUGCAUCUUUCGUUCAUACCUGGAUGCCGGAGUAUGCGGACAAACUCAUCAUGGAGAACAUUAACAAGAAUAUUGUUGAUCUCGACGAGUACCCAGCUGCUUCGAUCAUCCACAACCGUUGCAUUUCCAUGCUCGCCGAUCUCUGGAAGGCACCCAAGGACGGCAAGGUUAUUGGAACGGCAACGGCCGGGUCCUCUGAGGCCAUCAUGCUCGGGGGUUUGGCCAUGAAGAAGAGGUGGCAAGAAGCACGCAAGAUAGCUGGCAAGGACUACUACCAUCCUAACAUCGUUUUUGGAGCAAAUGCCCAAGUUGCUCUUGAGAAAUUCGCUAGAUACUUUGACGUAGAAACUCGUCUGGUGCCCGUCAAGGCCGAAAACGGCUUCAUCAUGGACCCACCUGACGCAUUACAAUACAUAGACGAGAACACCAUCGGGGUCAUCAUUAUCCUUGGAAGCACGUACACCGGCCACUUCGAGAACGUCGCGCUUAUGAGUGAAUUGCUGGAUGAUCUCAAGGAUCGUACUGGCCUUGAUAUCCCUAUCCACGUUGACGGUGCAUCUGGCGCCUUCAUUGCUCCGUUCGUAUACCCAGACCUCAAGUGGAGUUUCGACAUUCCUCGGGUCGUGUCGAUCAACACUUCCGGUCACAAGUUUGGCUUGGUCUAUGCCGGUUUAGGCUGGGUCCUCUGGCGAGACGAAAGCUUUCUUCAUAGAGACCUCGUAUUCGAGCUUCACUACCUUGGAAGCACUGAAUAUUCUUUUACCUUGAACUUCUCGAAGCCGGCGGCACCGAUAAUUGCACAAAUGUUCAAUUUCCUUAAUUUGGGCUUCGACGGCUAUAAAAAGGUCGCCCAGAAAGAUCUCCGCAACGCACGCAUGUUGGCGCGAGCGCUUGAGAGCACCUACUUCACCGUUUUGAGCAAUAUCCACCGCCCAAUUCAUCCUGAAAGCUCCAGUGACUCGGGCACUCAUUCCGUCCAUCGCUUCAAGCAUGGCUAUAGCGAUGAUCCUGAGGACUACCGAGCAGGACUUCCUGUUGUGGCCUUCAGGUUGUCCGACGAGUACAUGAAGGAGAAUCCUCACGUGAAGCAAGUUUGGAUCCAGACUCUCCUGAGGACGAAAGGCUGGAUUGUGCCCAACUACAAUGCUCCGAUGGGCGCUCAGGACGUUGAAAUUCUGCGCAUCGUUGUCCGCGAAACCCUGAGCGAGGACUUGAUCGAGCGCCUGAUUAUUGAUAUCUUAGAGAUAGCAGAGACCUUAACAACGGAAGAAGGGAACUUGUUUGCUGCCGUCAACGCAGCGAAAGGCGUGCACCAACCUGACCACGAUCACGGUCGUCCCGAUGCUGAGAACUUCGGUGACGGCAAUCCGGAAGUUGAGGCUAAGGAGCAAAUCGGUUACUCCAGGCAGUGUUAA